AUGCAGCCAGCGAGUGGUUCAGCUUCAUGGUUGGCUUGCUUGGCGAGGAUGGAAGGCUUUGCAAAGGAGCCUACGCUCUUUCGUGGAAACAACAAUGACCUAACAAAGAUGGUCUUGCAUGCUGACGACGGCAUCCUCGCCUCCACCAAGGCAAGCCGGGAGAAGAUCGUGGAGCAGCUCGGGAAGAGGGUGGUUGUUCAGGUCAGCGAGCCCCUCUCCUUCGACCAAGGGAUAGAGUUCUUAAAGAGGAGGUAUGUCAUCGACGAGCACGGCAUCAUCAUGUACCCCUCCACAAAGUACCUGGACACCCUCUUGGCAGCGCUGGGGAAUGUGAAGGAAAGGGACAGCCCAGCAUGUGCACUCUUCCUGGAGGCGGACGGCAGCGACGUGCUGGGAGUGGACGAGGCCAAGCUCUACAGGGAAUGCGUGGGACGACUGCUGUACGUGUCACACACGCGUUGUGACAUUCAGUUUGCCGUGUGCUGCCUGGCAAGCUGCAUGGCCGAGCCCACGGUCCAGGCAAUGAAGAACCUCAAGAGAGUUGCUGGGUACCUCAAGCGGGUGCCUACCAUCGGCUUCAGGCUCAAGGCCCUCACCGCCAACGCGUGCGUCGACUACGAGGGCAGUGGAACAGCGCAACCUGGAGACCGAGUGUGCCUGGAAAGUGUUACGGACGCAGACUGGGCCGGGAGCAAGAAGGACCGGCGGAGCCGCUCCUCAGUGCAGGUGUACCUGUCAGGGUCCCUCCUGACAAGUUACGUGAGGACACAGAAGAACAUCUCCCUCUCCAGCGGAGAGUCAGAGUUCAUCUCCCUUGUGAGUGGAGCAGGAGAGGCCCUCUUCAUCUCCGAGUGCCUCGAGUUCAUGACCAGCAGCAAGUACACCAUCGAGACGGUGCUGAGGACAGACUCGGCCGCAGCACGUGGAAUCAGCCAGCGACAGGGGGUGGGGCGUGUUCGCCACCUGUCGUGCGGACUCCUAUGGGUCCAGGCGGGGAUCAAAGACAAGCUGUUCCGGGCAUCCCCGAUCACGGGGGCAAGGAACCCAAGCGACCUGGGAACAAAGCCCUUGUCAGGGGCAAAAGUGAAAGAGCUCCUGUGCCGAGCAGGGGCAGUGACAGACAGCGGCGCUCCCUACGGCGAGGACGAGCUCCAGGAUGCGAACUACAAGGCCUCAGUGAGGAUGGUGGCGAAAAGUGGAGGACUCAAUGGGCCCGCCGUGAAGCGCAUCAUGCCCAUCCUCAUGCUGAUGAUGCAAGUCGUGACCACUGAAGGCCAUGGGUUUGAGGGCUUGGGCGUGGCUAUGGCGAUCACCAUGGCCGAGAAUGUGGUGACCGAGGCCGUGAGCUUUGUGGUUGCAGUUUUGACAGUGCUUGUGGUUUUCACAGGCAUCCCUGCAGGCUUUUGGCUUUUGAGCAAGAAAGUGAUGCAGUGGGUUUUUAAGAAGUGGAGGCCAAAGCAAUUUGUGGAGGCCGGAGUUCAGACCGUGGAGCGCUGGAGGCAAGAUGAUACAAGAUGGGCCGAGGAAUACACAAGGCGAAACAGAGAGCUCGAGGAAGCUCUAAGGGACAGAUGCAAAGAAGUGAACGAGUGCUCAAGAGCACUUGUACAAGUGAGGCGCGACCUUCGCGCCAGCGAGGCCGAGGUGAUGCGACUUAGGAGCACCAGUGGUGCCGAAGACAUCUGUAUAGCAACAAGUAGGGGCCAGGUGUAUCACAAGCCUGGCUGCGGCGCUCUCAGAUCCAGCAACAGUGUGAAGAAGUACCAGGCCUGCGGAAUUUGCUUUAGGGGAUAA